AUGGAUUAUUCGGAUAUAGAUCUGACGUUGAGGUUUUUAAUGAAGCAGAAGCAGGCGAGUCAAAUUAUAGGGAGAAAUGCUUCCAACAUAAAGAACUUGAGAGAACAAACAGGAGUCAACGUCAUUUUAUCAAAUCGAGAGCAUAAAAAUAGAGUGCUAACGAUUGCUGCGAAAAAGUCUCUUUGCAUGAAAUCGGUGACAAGACUUGGCGAAAUCCUCGAAGCAGAGAACAACGAGUAUGGACAGUCGACGAAACUGGUUCCUAUUACAUUGACGCUAAUUGUGCCAAAGAAUAUUUGUGGAAUGAUCAUCGGAAAAGGAGGGGAAGCGCUGAAAGACUUGCGAAUCAAAUCCGGGGCGCAAAUAAAUAUGUCAGCUGAUUGCUUGCCAAAAUCCGAUGAACGAACAUGCCAAAUUACAGGGAAUAACUUCUCAGUGACGCAAGCUGUCGAUUUGCUCGUCGGAAUCAUGAUCAAAGCGGCGAUUGAUGAGAGUAAAGGCGAAUUCAAGGGAACACCUUCUUCAGAAAUAAGAGCGUACGAUCCGAAGAACGAAGAGGAGCCCGAUGCGAGAUCUGAAAAGGAUGAUAACCUGGUGAAGAUGGCGACAGCUUUUCUGACUGCGAAUCAAAUGAUAAACCCGACGAUGGAAUACAGCCCGAUCGAGAUCAACGAACAACUCCAAGAGCUGAGAGUGCCGAACCAGCACAUGGGUGCGAUUAUUGGAAAAGGCGGCAAACGAAUAGGAGAAAUACGAAUGAUGAGCGGAUGCAACAUCCAUGUAGAGCGAGCCGACGAGGAUUCGAAAUAUGGAAUGCGAAGACUUACAUUGAAAGGAGAUAGACAGAAAAUUACAAUGGCAGCUUUUCUUAUCAAUCAGACGAUUUCAAGUUUCUCGACUGCCGAGCCUAAAGUCGCUAGUGAAGAAGUGACUAUAAAAGUCGAAGAAAGCGAGCAGCAACAAGCUUCAAUCCCUGGCACAGCUGCUGAUAUGACUUCCAGUAACACGGAAGAAGAAGCAGCGGCAGCUAUGGCAAGAUUCUUCGAUACUCAAUUUUCUGGAGCAGUUUCUUACGACCCUACUGAGUACAUCAAUGACGGUGCAAGUUCUAAUUUGAAUUCUAACAGAGGAAGAAAACGAAAAGAACAACCAGUGCCCGAUAUGUACAAAGUGCCCGACAAGAAGCCGGCGAAACUUCACUACUAG